AUGUCCGACCGUUACAAGCACACUGAUGCCCGCCGGACAAGUCGGGAUCUUACCACACUGCCCACCUACGCUGCUGUCCGUACAGGCUCCCCCGAAGGGCACUCCCGCCGCUCUUCUACCGCGACGUCCGCUUCCGAGCCCGAAUGCGCCCUACACGAUUCCCGGCGGAACAGUGUCCUCAAGCCUGGCCUUACCUUCCGUGGAACCACAUUGUGUAUCGACCACGCUCGAAGGCGGACUGAAACCCUUUUGACGCUGGAGGACUUGCCGGAUCUACAGACGGCCCUGGGGACGCUUGCGAACCAUACGGGCUGGACAGCGCUGCAGAGGGUCUCAAUCGUCACUGCUGCGGAGACGCUGAGUGCGCAGACGCUGGGUGAGCAGACGGCGGAUAUGAUGGAUCGGUUUGAGGCGACGACGGCACAAGCGCCUGGGCUGAGGGAUGAUGUGGAUGGAACUGUGUUUAGGGGACUUGGAGGCUGUGAGACGGGCGUACCCUGGCAAGUUCAGUGUGGUCUGUCAUACGUGAGAUCACGAUUCAUCGGGAAAGGUGUAGGUGUUGUGUCUAGAUCAUGCAUUGUCGUCAAAUCCAAAAAGCAGCUCAUAUCAUCCUGCAAACGCCUCUUCCUCGAGUAUGCCGAUAAGGGCGAGCCGAGCUAUACCACCCUCCUCGGCUACGGUGCCUCCUUCUUCCUACUGGUCAACCCCAGCCCGGCGGACAGGCUCGCGUUCGGUCGCGCGGAAACUGCGUCGAUCAUUGAGGCGGGAGAUGCGCUCAGCAGUGUACUGGACGACCUGAUUUCGCUCUCUACUGGCGCAUUCCUGGGCGGUCAGCAGGAGGCUUGGCGGAAGGUAGUUGACGGUCAAGGCCUUGGGUCGGAGAUAAGCAACGAGAUGGAAAGGGCGCGGCGUACCAUCUCAUCGCUUGCUACGCAACGGACGGUCGUACCUAAAGUCUGCCAGCGGGUAGAAUACGGGCCUCUCUCCAACGAUCUACAGCCGUUUUUCGGCUAUCAAGGGGACACAGCGGCCGGCUGCAAACCGGAAUAUUGCAUUCAUACGGACGCAUUCCAACGCGAAGGGUCACCGGCGAUCAUGGGCGGCCACACCAGGUGGUACGCUUCCUACUCUGGGGUCACCAACUACGGGGAGACCAAUCUCGCGGUUCGCGAUAUGGUCGAGGCCAUCAUCGUGAUGUAUUGGUUUCGGCGACAUGCGCUAGGCAAGGCGGAAUCGGCGGGUAUCACACAUUCCGCCUUUGAUGUCGACAUCUACCUCCCUCCAAUCUUCCUCGGGCCGGCUGUAGUGAACACCUUCCAAGAGUAUCUCAAACUCGGUCUCACUUCCGCAACCCGUCUGAUCCGUCUCUCUCGGCCAAGGGAGAUAAUUGGCGGUUCAAGUCUUUGGCAGAUGCUCCUCGUUGUGAUGCGUGCGGAUCGAGUAUCUAGCCGUGGUCCCAUCCUCUACGGGCCAAUAAAUCUCGGCAAGGAGGUCAGACAUGAUGGAGCAAUCAAGGGGAAUGCCAGAAGCAAAGCAGGACACUAUCUCCGAAUGCACAUAGUACAUCUCGUCCCGGAUCCAGAGCCCUGA